AUGUUGCAUCACUUUGUCAAGGCCUUCGGUACUUUGAACUGGAGCUGGUUCAAGUGGGAUCAGCAGUUACAGAAAAUCUGGAACUUAUCAGUUUUGCAAUCCAAUGAACUAGACGUGAAUAAUGUCAACUGGCUGAAGAUCCCUCUAUCAUGGAUCGUCGGGGCUCGAUUUGUCAUCGGUCGUGUCUCGCUUCUCGCGUACGGGGCUAACAUCUACACAAUAAUAUCACGAAGGCGGCAGAACUUGCUCGUAUUUUGGAUGGUGCUCAGCGUUUUUAAAGAUAUUAUUUUGGAAGUUAUCGUUAUUGUCAUUACUUUCCUACUGUGGUACAAGGGAAACGUUCCAACGUCGCACUUCGUCGGGUUUAUCUUAGAGAAGACGGCAUGGCUAUUUUUCUUGACUUACAAAUGGUGCACGACUCUCAAAUGGCACACGCAGCUGCGAAAAGUAGAGAAAAUUCGUAGAUUCACUUUAAUCGCGCGGAGAAGCAUUGCGAAUAUCGUUCACGCUCCCGGAAAAGUCAGAAUUUCUCUGCAGGAUGAGUAUCUCAGUCCAGCGAUAGCCAGACGGAAUAAGUACGCGAGUCUUCUGAAUCUGGACAUGUUUUCAGACGAAUCGUUCAAUAGAGUAAAUUUCGAUUUGAGAGCUUCUAAAUCCUUGACGACUUUGGCGACCAACGAUAGUGACGACUCGAACGAUACGAACAAUCAUGAUCCGAUCGCUAACGACUUGAGUGUGGCCGAAAAAUCGAUGAAGAUGCUGAAUGUAACGGCGGAGGACGUGAUGGACGCGCGUGCCAGGAUACAGGAGCGAUCUUAUUGGAACGAACAAAACGUACCAUCUGACGCAAUGGAAGAACUAGUGACACAGUUCACCCUGGAAAAAGUAGAAGACAAAAAGGAUAACGUGGAUCACACUUUGAAAGAGGAGGAUACUGUACGAGAUCAUCCGACAGAGAAAGAGAGAAAGAAAGACGAUAGCAAAAAUUCUUUGACGGACAGUAAAGAUGAAAUUUUGAGUAGAAAGCAGGAAGAGAAUAUUUUAUUAGUGAAAAAUGUAACGCCAGAAAAGACGAAAAAAGAAGUGAAGAGAGCAGUAAAAAUCGUGCAAUGCCCAUCGAAUAAAGAAAACAUGGAGGCCAAGCCAUGCGCUUCUUUUGUAAGGAAACUGGAAGCGAAACUUUGCUCUAUUUCUGCAAACCAGAAGGAAAAGAAGGUCGAUCAGAAAAUGCAUCCUUGUCAAGUUAAGACAAAAUCAACGUCAGCCAGUACAAGUUUAAAUAAGGAAGAAUUUGAUAAAAAUUCGGAAACACUAUGCGCGUGUCGUCGUGUUUCGCGCAACAUUUAUACAUCAAAAAACGGAAAAUAUGCGCAAUCAAUCAAUAUCAAUGAUAAAAGUGUUAAACAUGAUGUAGAUAAGAAAGAAUUUAAGCGUUUUGUUUCUACCGGCAUUACACAGAAAGGUAAAGUCAACGAAUACAAUUCGACGUCGAAAUAUUCAGAAAUAUACCGUUUAAAAAAACAAAUUAAAAAAUCCGAGGACUCUUUCAGAAAGCAGUCGGCUACUUGGGAAAGUAUGUCUUUAGCGCGAACAGCACAUGUCUCGGGAUACGCAAAGAAUGUCGUCGCGACUGAUAAAAUAUCUAUUUCUCCGACUGAAACUUUUAACGAAUCGAACGAUUCUCUGAAUGCGCGACGCAGAUUAAAAUACAUCGAGCAGAUGCGAAGUGGACCAUCGGUCGAUGUGCGCUCUAUUUUCAAAAUAGCAUCGUUAAGAAGAAAGAAUUAUGCGGAAUUUGAAGCUUAUAAUCUUACCUUACUGGAAGAUAAGAAAGGGGCGAAAAUGAGGAAAAGUUCGAAUCGCAAAUUAUCGAUCGAGAAACGUGAAGCGAUAGAACGGAGUGCUCUAAGGAUUUGUAACGAGUCUACUUUGUUGGAGAAUAAGAAAGAACUGGAAGCGGAAAAGAAACACAAUUUAUCUUCAAAUCAUAAACAACCAAUAAAGAUGUCAAAGAUGAAAGUUUUAGGAGCCGAUGAUCUAACGUUGAGAAAUAAAAAAAAUGUAGAAACAACAAGAAGACUUAAUUUGUCGCCAAGUUACAAACAGUCAAUUGAAGAAUCGAACACUUCGAAAACUCGUAAUAAAUUGGCGGAAGAUACAAGAGAGUUGCAAGCUAGAAAAAUACACAAUCCAAUGAAAUAUGAAACGUCAAAAUACGAAGAUGUUGAAACUUCGAGCGUCUCGAAUUUUUCAGAGGCUAACUACGAGAAUACUACGAUUUCUCUAUCCGAAACACAUCGAAACGCAAACGCGCGUACGUUGCUGAAUCUCAGAGAAAUCACGAGGAAUAUCGAAUGGACUAUUCAUCCGCGAGGAAUCACAUUAAUCAAUAAAAAUUUAUACAGCCAAUUUUUGGAGAACGGAAGAUUUCACGAGAGCCGACAGCGCGAUAUCGUCGACGACAAUAUCGCCAAUGCACUGCACGGCGCUUUGUUUUUCAAGCCUGAGAUUACAACAGGAAUCUUUCGGCGCGCCUCAACGAGGAUCGGCGAAUCCUUCCCGAAUAUCCCGACAUUCCUACGGCAGGAUUUUAAUACAGAAUUCACCUGUCGCGUGAACAAUGAGAUGAUCGUACGAGACCAUUUUUCAUUCUUCGACCUUGAUUUCGAACGGAUGAUGGGAGAUCAAAAUCUGGAAAGCUCACAUGAUAGUGAAAAUCAUGUUGUUGAGGAGGAGGAGAAUCAUGACUUGUGCCCAAUAUUUGUUGAUCCUGUUCCGGAUCAACAAAUAUUUACUGUUCCGGAUCAACAAAUAUUUACUGAACCAGAAACCGGAAUCGAAAAUUCGACGGAGAUUAUCAGACCGCAAGAAGACGCGCGUUCGAGCACGGGAAAUGUUCAAGCGAUAAAUAUUUUGACAUUUGAUGAAAAUCACAAACAGGUAGAUAAUGGAACCAGCGAUAAUUUGCCAGUUCAAUCUGUCAUUGAAGGAUCAAAAAGCUUUUACAUUGAAGUGCCAGAAGAAAGCUUAUAUAAUGCUACAUUGCCGGUCGAACAGCUUGAAGAACAGGGAAAUAUGAGCCAUGCGAUUGGAGAUAAUGGCUUUCAAGCUCAAAAGCUUAAUAAAAAUGUUGAAAUCUUAAAGUCGAAAGCCAUGCAAAAUAGCGCUAGAAACGAAGACGAGGACAGAGAAAUGAUUUACGAGAAGGCGAAUGAAUUUUCGACAGGUCGAUUUUUCAGAAUGAGUUCAGUCGAGAAGCUACAACAAGAUGAUAGUUAUUAUUCCACAUACGAAAGAAAUGAUAACAGAUCAAAUACACCGGUUUCAUUGGAAAAUGGUAGUUUAAUGGAGGAAUUUUCAAAUGAUAUUCCGCCAGAACAAUCGUCAGACUCUUCUGCCAAUAAUUCUAGACAUUCUCAGUAG